CCCCUCGGGGCGGGUCACGUGACCCGGCGGCGGCGGCGGCGCCCGGCGCGGUGGACGCUGGAGGCCCAAGAUGGCGGCGGAGCUGGUGGAGGCGAAGAACAUGGUGAUGAGUUUCCGGGUCUCAGAUCUUCAGAUGUUGCUGGGUUUUGUUGGCAGGAGUAAAAGCGGACUUAAACACGAACUAGUGACCCGAGCUUUGCAGCUGGUCCAGUUUGACUGCAGCCCUGAGGUGUUCAAGAAAAUCAAGGAGCUCUACGAGACUCGUUACAGCAAGAAGAGCUCGGAAGUGGCUCCGCCGCCGCCCCCGCAGCAGCAGCAGCAGCAGCCGCAGCCCCGGGCCGAGGCCCUGCCCUUACACUCGUCCUACGACCGCGGCAGCGCCGUGGCUCGGACUCUGCCCACCCCCAACAUCGACUACCCCGCCCUCUACGGCAAAUACCUGAACGGACUCGGGAGGUUGCCUCCCAAAGUUGCCAAGCCCGAGGUUCGCCUGGUCAAGCUCCCUUUCUACACCACCCUGGACGAGCUGCUGAAGCCCACGGAGCUGGUCCCCCAGAACAACGAGAAGCUUCAGGAAAGUCCGUGUAUUUUUGCAUUAACCCCGAGACAAGUGGAGCUGAUCCGAAAUUCCAGGGAGUUGCAACCCGGGGUGAAAUCAGUUCAGGUGGUGCUAAGAAUCUGCUACACAGACACCAGUUCUCCUCAGGAGGAUCAGUACCCUCCCAACAUCGCCGUGAAGGUGAACCACAGUUACUGCUCCGUGCCGGGCUACUACCCAUCCAACAAACCCGGAGUGGAACCCAAAAGGCCCUGUCGUCCCAUCAACCUCACGCACCUCAUGUACCUGUCGGCGGCCACCAACCGCAUCACGGUGACCUGGGGCAACUAUGGCAAGAGCUACUCGGUGGGGCUGUACCUGGUGCGACAGAUGACCUCGGCAGAGCUGCUCCAGAGGUUGAAAACCAUCGGGAUCAAACACCCCGAGCUCUGCAAAGCACUUGUGAAGGAGAAGCUACGCCUGGACCCGGACAGUGAAAUCGCCACCACGGGUGUCCGGGUGUCCCUCAUCUGUCCGCUGGUGAAGAUGCGUCUGUCGGUGCCGUGCCGGGCGGAGACCUGCGCGCACCUGCAGUGCUUCGACGCCGUCUUCUACCUGCAGAUGAACGAGAAGAAGCCCACGUGGAUGUGCCCUGUGUGUGACAAACCUGCCCCCUACGACCAGCUCAUCAUCGAUGGGCUCCUGUCCAAGAUCCUGACGGAAUGUGAAGACGCGGAUGAGAUCGAGUACCUGGUGGACGGCUCCUGGUGUCCCAUCCGAGCUGAGAAGGAGAGGAGCUGCAGCCCCCAGUGCCCAAUCUUAGUUCUAGGCUCCUCGGAUGUGAACGGGCUCCUUCCCCCCCCUGCCGGGAACGGCGAGAACGGCAAAGCCCCCGCGGAUGUCGUGGAUUUAACACUGGACAGCUCAUCCUCCGAGGAAGAGGAGGAGGAGGACGAGGAAGAGGAUGAUGAUGACGAGGGACCCCAACCCAAACGACGCUGCUCUUACGAGAAAGGUUUAGUCUCUGCCUGCUGACGUGGCUCCGCGUCCCCACGGACACACUUGAAUACUCUGGUGCUUAUUAAACUGGAGGAAAGGGGGAGAACGUCCUCUCCCACCUCAUCUCCCUCCCUCCCUCAUCUCCUCUGA